GAAACACAAAACCCAGAACCUUGACAGCCCUUCCAUUCCUUGAUCUGAGGAAUAGGAGAAGAUCCGUCUAGCUGCAGGAUCCACGACUUGAGAAUGAGCAGAUUAAUCAUCAGCCCCUUCCGUUCAGAGUAGCCUUAGAGACGGGCACGUUUCUAGAAAGACCUGUUCCAAGCGUUCCGCAUAAAUGAGACAUGAGUGAGCUCCCCUAAUAGGAACUUGCGAAAUACAGCCUCGUAGCCGCCUGCUACACACAUGCAGUAACAGUACCAGUUUAGAGCGGAUUUGCUGCAAAUUGCUGAACAGUUUAAUCACAGUUUGUGAUACAGGACGGCGUGCAAAUGAUCUUCCUGGGAAAUCUCAUCCAUUUCAUCAGUGCAACUUAUUUCGUCAUUGGAAACCACAUGAUAUCGGAAGCCGGGACAUUGCCCAGGUGCUGUGGACAGGGAAACAACAUGAUCCCGGAACCCGGGACAUUGUACAAGUGCUGUGGACAGGAGGCCUAUAAUGAGGACCGGCAGUUGUGCUGUGGACGUCUGUGCAGUGAGAAGAUCCUUAUGAAGGAACACAAGGGCAGCGUUUGCUGUGGAGACGUCCAGUACAACCCAGAGACACAGGGCUGCUGCGGAGAUCCUCCUGAAAUAAAUUACCUCUCAAUUUCCUGUGAGAUGGACUGUAAACAGGUUUUGACCCAAGAGCCCACAGCAAACAACAGGAUGUCGGGACCCGGGACAUUGUACAAGUGCUGUGGACAGGAGGCCUAUAAUGUGGACCGGCAGUUGUGCUGUGGAAGUCUGGGCAAUGUGAAGAUCCUUAUGAAGAAACAGAAGGGCAGCAUUUGCUGUGGAGACGUCCAGUACAACCCAGAGACACAGGGCUGCUGUGGAGAUCCUCCUGAAAUAAAUGAACUCUCAGUUCCCUAUGAAACAGACUCAGACCAGGGUUUGACCCAAGAGCCCACAGUAAACAACAUGAUCCCGACACCCGGGACAUUGUCGAAGUGCUGUGGACUGGAGGCCUAUAAUGUGUACCGGCAGUUGUGCUGUGGAAGUCUGCGCAGUCACAAGAUCCUUAUGAAGGAACACAAGGACAGCAUUUGCUGUGGAGACUACCAGUACAACCCACAGACACAGGGCUGCGACGGGGAUUCUCCUAAAAUAAAUGAACUCUCAGUUUCAUAUGAGACCCAAGGGCCCACAGCAAACCACAUGGUGUCGGAACCCGGAACAUUGUCUAAGUACUGUGGACAGGAGGCCUAUAAUGUGGACCGACAGUUGUGCUGUGGAAAUCUGCGCAGUGAGAAGAUCCUUAGGAAGGAACACAAGGACAGCGUUUGCUGCGGAGACGUCCAGUACAACCCAGAGACACAGCGCUGCUCUUUUGAACAUAGCACCUUUUCAAUCAAGGAAAAAAAGAUUUGCUUUGACUAGCACUGUCUAACUGUUUGUAAUUGUGUCAAACCUGAAGAUCCUUUAUUUACUUGAAAAAGAUUGCUUAUUUUGUCUUAUCUAAGUUGUUAAUUUUUUCUGCAAACAGUGCAAAUCGAUUAUUUCCAUAAAAAAAUAAAAUAAAUGAAGCAUACUCAUUCAUUGUAAUCUACUGUAGAAGCGAAUAUGCCCAAAUGUACAUGCCCCUUUACAUUUGUCCAUGUUAUGAUUAUUACUUUUAUGCUGCAAGAUUAGCUCAGGAACAAUACUAUACAAUGGUGUAUUCCCUUUUUGCUAGUUAAAGCACAAUGAAAUGGUUUUACAGAAAUACUUUACAGAAAAAGGAGAUCAUACGGUGAAAUGUCAAAUAUGCCAAGCGAAAUUGAGCUACCAGAGUACUACAAGUACUAUGCGGCAACAUAUGCUCCUGAAACACAACGGUGAGUUCGGGAAAGCAGACCCGCAGCAACCAAGUGUGUCGGUUAUUUUCACCCCCGCAAGACGCAGCUGUAAUCCCGGCCGUGUAUAGAAGAUCGCUGAGUAUGUUUUUAGUUCAUUUGCUGCAGUUUUAUUUGCAGCUUUAAAUUAUUUGCAAAGGUUAGGCUACUUGUUUAGUUUUUUUUUUUUUUAAACCGUUACAGGCCUUUUUCGACGUGAUUUAAAAUGUGAGAUGCAUAUUUAUUUUUGCAAGGAAAAUGUGUUUUGAACGUUUACCAAAAUAAAUAAUGAAU